UCCUGCAAUGGCGCUUCCGCUGUUACUACUACUGGAACUCGCGUUGUACGCCAGCUGCUUCAUUUGCGGGAUUGUUACCGCAGCUUUGGUAACAGUUGUGCAGGGCCACAGCGAGGGGAAGUGCUUGCUGUAUGGUGAACUAACGUACAACGAAUCAGGCAAGGUUAUCAAUGUGACUUCCUUUAGUCACCCUUCUCUCUGUUACUUUUUGUCGGCCAUUUCUGUGUGUGUGGCCAUCUUCUGUUUCUCCCUCACCCUCUACUGGGUCUACUCCAGCUGUGUGGAUGGUGAAGUCAGGAGUCGAGAGCGGCUGUGGUUGAACGUAACCCUGGGGAUGUGCGGAGUCUUCCUGUUCUUCCUGCUCAUCAGCGGAUGCGUCCUGAAGAUCGGAAGAGACAAGCUAUGCAAAUCUCUGACACAGCCCCUCUUUAACAGGUGUGAUGUGGCGCAGGACUACCCCUGGGCCCCUCCCUACAGUGGCAGCAAGUUCUACAGCAACCUGCAAAGUGCAGAGACAUCGGUCUGGGUGAACUUCUUCUUCUGGCUCAUCAUCGGAGGCCUGACAUUUUUCCAGCGGAGGAAAGGCAGCGCGGAGUAUCGCGGCGGCGGAGAGGAUGCCGGGGCGACCCCCUCCGAGACCGAGCCCUUCCUGGCUCGCCCUGGCCGACCCUAGUGACCCCCCCGGCACCCCCCACCUGAGCCUCGUUCAGUGACAUUCCCUCCUCGCCCCCCGAACCCCACCCCCUCUUCGUGAGCACCAAACGGCUCGUCAUCGCCGUGCUCACCCGACGCUCGCGCAGAUCUCUUCUCUACGGUGGCGGGGGUCUCCGCGGGCUCAGCUUGAAGGGGGUUAAUGUGACACAGGCCGCGGCUGAAUCACAGCCGACAUCUCUCCGGUUUUCACCCCCGCUGUCGCUGCCAAACUAGGGCCUGUUGCCAUAGUUACUGAUCUGGGGCUGGCAGUGAGCAUAGCUGGCGGCAUCAGUGCACCUUAGCUGAGUGCCAGCCCUCUGUCUCUCCACUGACCCAAGCUCACUGGAAACCCUGCACAAUUUCAGUGCUCUUUUUUGAAAAACACCACAUCAUUGAUAUACUGAAAAACACCACAUCAUUGAUAUACUACUAGUGAUUUUUUUAAAAGAAGGGCCAUUCCAUUGAAACAUGGCAGCUAGUACUCAUCUGUAUUUCCAUAACAAUUUAGGUUAUUAAAUGGUACUACGUCAACAUUUUCUGAUGUCGGCAGAUUUCCAUAUGGCCCAAAAUAAAGUCCAAUAAAGUCAUUAAUCAGUUCCUUUCCCCCCCCAAAAAAAUCCCAACUAUUAUUACCAUACGGUCAGUCUGGGGUUUGCGCUCUGCACAAUAACCUCCAACUGCAUACACACCGAGUAACUCUCCGUGGUCUGAUACGCGCAUUUUCUGAUGCACAUAACCUUGAAUUUGACAUGUUUUGAAGACAGGACUCCAUUACCAAUUAUAUAGGACGGUGCACCAAUUAUUUUUUCCCUUGUGCUUUUCAUGUUAACGUCAGCCUGCCAUGUUUUUUUGUACGUUCAAUAUUUCAUAUAGGCUGAUUAACGACUCCCCCUGCUGUCCAGUCCAGCAACAGUCCAGUGGUGUGGUCAGGAUUUCUUUUUUUUUCCUUCUUCUCCUUGAGUGAGCUUCACAUACCGUUCUCUUGAUGCCAAGGUAGUCUUAUCAAGCAUCUUGUGUGAAGAGUCUUAAUGUCAUGAGAUGAGAAAAGAAGAUAAUACUAAAAUGAAGGGCAAAUAAAAUGGCCCACGUUGAAACUAUUGAUUUCCAUCAUCAGUCAUAUUUCUUUUUUCUCUUUAAAAAUUAUGGUUAUAUUAUGGUCAAAUUAUUGUCAGGUCUGUUGACUAUGUUCAAUUGGAAACCUAUGUUUCCUCCAGGUGCGAUAUGCUUUUAACCCAAGUACCGAGGCAAUAACAAGCAAUUUCCCUUGAUGCCUUCAUUGAUUCUCUGAGACCAGAGGGGUGUGUACUACAAAAUGACAUUAAUGCUAUGUAGAGCCUAAAGCCAAUUCAAAUUUGGCAGUGUUGGCAAACAUUUUGUCUUUGAACUUUUAAAUUUGAGCAUAUGUGCAUAAACAUUUCAAAUGUUCUGCUUUAAAUAAAAAUACCAAGCAGUAAUGCAAUCGUCACAAACACAUCUUUAUAUUUGGGCUUAACAUAGCACUAAUCUUCAUAGUAUUCCUGGCAGGGACUAUUUUUUUUAAGCUUGCUUCACUGAUGCUGACCUGUUUACCUUUGUUUUCAUAUGGUUAUUUUUUGGAUGGAUUUUUUUCUUGCACUGACAUUUUGUAUUGAAAGCCUACAGUAGAUUUUACUCGUGUGGUUUUCAUACAACCACAAUUUUUGUACGGCUGUAUAUUACAAUAUCGAUGCAAAAAAGCUUGCCAAAUAAAUGUUGUUUCAUUUGGA